GCAGGUUAUAGCUCCCUACGUGCGGCCACCGCACUGCUCCAUUCUACUUCCAUCAAAAUAUAUACAGGUCGCAUGGAGUGGACACAUGUCCCCGGCGUCACCUCGCAGAGAGCAGAGCAGCUCGUACUUCCUACAGCUACACAGAUAACUCCCCCUGUGUAGUGUGUAGCCACAAGAGCCAUUGGCUGUCAUGGUGCCGCCCAUUACUUGUCAUCUCCCCGAGACCGGUCUGCUCUGCUCCAAGAUGGCGGCCUCCAUGGUGUGUCGGUGUGCGUUGCUUACCAGGUCGCGGGUGGCAGCGUUCGGUGCCUCAGUGACAGGAAAAAGGUUUAUACUGUCUUCAGCGUAUGUCAGUGAUAAGGCAUGGGAGAAGUGGGAGAAAGAGACCUAUGAUUUAGGUGAUCUCGGAACGCAUAUGGAAAAAUGCUACGAACGGAAGAUUCCAGUGAGCUCCCUUAUUAUGGAACGGUUUAUUGACAAUAUUAAAUGCAAAGAAGAAAUUGAACUAGGAGAAUACUACCUAUACAAGUUUCGUCACAGCCCGAACUGCUGGUAUUUGAGAAAAUGGACAAUGCAUGCAUGGAUCAGAAAGUGUCUUAAAUAUGGUGCUCCAGACAAAGCUUUAUAUACUUUGAAGAAUAAGGUGCAGUAUGGGAUAUUUCCAGAUGACUUUACAUUUAACUUAUUACUUGAUACGUUCAUAAAGAGUGAGAACUUUGAAGAUGCCGUUUCUGUGGUGGUUGAGAUAAUGCUACAAGAGAGUUUUGAUACAGUCUCCACACAGCUUCUUUCCCUCUAUGUUUUGCACAAAUAUCUUUCUGGAAAUCCACAAUUGACGUGGGAACAAGAAAGGAAUCUUGGUGCUUCUCUCCUGCUGGCGGCCAUGCAUCAAGAGAACACCGUGGGUUACAGUUCACAACUUUAUGGAUACACACUGAUUGGAAACGUGGAAAUUUCCAAAGGUCUAAGAGCUGUCUACACACAGAUGCCACUCAUGUGGAAGCCUGGCUAUUUUCAAAGAGCACUGGAAGUGAUGGAGAAGGUUUCCCAGUUACCGGGUGACAGCAAGAUAUGCAAGGAUACUAUUGACAUUUUGAAGUCGGCGUUGGAAGCUGCCGUCUCUAGUCAGUCGGAAAAAACAUCCUCUGAAAACACUGAUGCUGCAGAAGACCCAGCGCCGCUGUCGGAAGACACUGAGGAUACGGAGGCAGAUCAGCUAUCAGAAUACCUUGCUAGAUUUCAGGAUCUGAGCAGAAAGCUUGAUUCUCUAGGCAAAAUUGAGCCCGCUAGCCUGCUGAGCGUAGCCUCCCACCUUGUACACGAGAGGCUGCCUGAAUGUGAACAGUCAGACAUUGAAAAAUACGAAGCUCAGCUGAAGAAAUGGAAAGAAGAACAUUCUGAGCUGAAAGCGAGAGAGGCCGAGAUGAGAGAGACGGCAAGGAAGCAAUAUGAAGCUAUGCUUGCAUCGAAGUCUGCGAGUAUCAACACUUAACACACAGAUGAAGCAGUUCAAUCAGUUAUGCCCUCUUUAUAUAUAGGCAUGCAGUCUCUUCCAUUUAGUAUACAGACACCGCUCUAUGGGGGUAAUUCAGAGUUGAUCGCAGCAGCAAAUUUGUUAGCAGUUGGGCAAAACCAUUUGCACUGCAGGGGGGGCAGAUAUAACAUUUGCAGAGAGAGUUAGGUUUUGGUGGGUUAUUUUGUUUCUGUGCAGGGUAAAUACUGGCUGCUUUAUUCUUACACUGCAAUUUAGAUUUCAGUUUGAACACACCACACCCAAAUCUAACUCUCUCUGCACGUGUUAAAUCUGACCCUCCCCUGCAGUGCACAUGGUUUUGCCCAACUGCUAACAAAUUUGCUACUGUGAUCAACCCUGAAUUAGGCCCUAUGUAUACUCUGUUGCCACACCGAUACUCUGUUCUUCAGUCACCUUCUCUGGCCAGUACAGUGUGCAGCAGUCUUUGAUAACCUGUGACACUACACCUGCUGCAGAACUACAAGUCCGUAGCUUGCACAAGGCUGCAGUAUUUUCUGUUAUACUGAAUUCACAGUAGCAAACUGUGACAAGUGGAAAUUAAUAUAUUGUUAAAUACCAAGUACACCGCCCAAAAAAUAACAUUCAUCAAAAUGGAAGUUCCAGGUUUGCAGACAAUAACCAUUAUGAUUGUGUCCAUUUAUGCGAGAGUAAUACAGCUACAUAAUGCAUUGUGAUUCCAGUUUUUUUUUUUUUUUUUUUUUUUAUAAAAUAAAGUAUUUACUGAUGCAA